GAAAAUUCGGGAGCUCACAGUACAUCAAGAAAAAAUUGCAACGCUGUGCAUGGUUGCUAGGAAACGGAUAUGCACAACACAAACCGGAAAAUUGAAAAUCAACUGCUGCAAGUUACUCAACGAUUUUGAGGAUAAGAAGCCUAUAGAAUUAAAAAAAAAACACAACAAAACAUAUAGGUAAGUAUGAUGUCCAAGGGCCUUAUUUGCUUCGACAUAUCAAAAAAUGAGCGUUUCCAACUGGCGGACAACUAUAAAAUGCUGCAUAGGAAAAUUAAAAUACAUUGGAAGGUUGACCAGAUCGAUGGCGAGCUGAAGAAAGAAAAGCUACAGCGCGUCAGCAUAUUUGUGCUAGCUGGGCCACAAGAUCGCUUUACUGAGGAAGAGUUUCAAGUGCUGAAGGAGUUUGUGGAAAAGGGUGGCAAACUGUGGGUGAUGCUUGGAGAAGGAGGCGAACAGGAAUACAAUACAAAUGUGAAUUUCUUUUUGGAACAGUACGGCAUAUACAUAAAUAGUGAUACUGUCGUGCGUCCCCAUUACUAUAAGAACUUCCAUCCCAAGGAGUGCAUUAUUGGCGGCGGUGUAGUUUGUGAGUCCAUGUGGCACCAUUUAAUAAAGCAAGAUAUCGAGAUCGUCGAUUAUGACUUUAGUGAUGAGAAAUACAAAAUACACUUUCAAUAUCCCUAUGGUGCAACUUUAAAUGUCUCUGAACCGGCAAAUGUGCUGCUAACCACUGGUCCUGUCGUGUAUCCCUUUAAUCGGCCUUUGGCUGGCUACUAUACAAACGAAUGUGGCGGCAAGAUUCUUGCCAUUGGUUCCGGUUAUAUGUGGCAUGAUAAAUACCUGCAAAGUGAUAAAACAAAUGAUGCGCUGUUGGAGUAUUUUCUACAACUUUUAGGCGGCAACGAGAUACAGUAUUCACAUUUGGAUUUUAAUGAUGUGGAGAUUAAUGAUAACAAAACCUUCACCGACAUAGCAUUCAUCGCUAAUCGGCCAAAAGCUUGUCUCAUUGACUCUAUGGGCGGCAUAGAAACACCAGCGGACUUCAAGCAGAUGUUUGAUAUGACAAUCUACUCGCUAAGUAAUCACUUACUAAAGGAUAUUAUGGACACAUACGAGCAAUUGAAUGUCAAAUAUGAGCCGUUGAAAAUUAUUAAACCGCAAUUUGAGAUACCACUGCCGCCUCUACAACUAGCGACCUUUCCACCCAUCUUCAGCGAACCGGCUGCACCACCCUUAGAACUCUACGAUUUGGAUGAGGUGUUUAGCGCUGCGCGCACACAACUUGCCCAAAUGACGAGCAAAUGUGUGCAGUCUAUUUGUGCGAAGGAUGCGCACAGGCCACUAAAUUCACGUGAAUUGGAAAAUUAUAUUAAAGAAUGUGCGCGGAUCACAGGCAUUAUACACGAGCAUCAAGACGUGGCAGCGCGUGAGAUACUCAAUAUAUUGGCGCAUCAGAUUAUUAGCUACAGGCCUUAUGCAGAUGAGUGAAUUAUGCUGGAGUAGCGGGGUUGCAGCAAAAAGGGAGAGUGGGUGUUGU